AUCCGGAGCGCUCGCGCCGUCGGGACUCCCGUGUGCUGAAGCGCAGCGCGUGCCGGUAAACAUGAAGCAUCUCGCGGACUCUCGCUGAGCCGACUGGAAAAUAACGGAAUAAAGUGUCGGGAUCGUUCGUUCUGACUCGUGCUGUUAUGACUGCGGCGGCUCAUGAGCGUGUUUGAAUUUCUGGAGAUGGACGGAAGAGACUCUGCCUUUCUGGCCGUGAGGAGCAGAUUACCCAGAGAUCCCAGUGUGGUGGGCGGAGUCUGUAUGGGGAAUGAAGACUCCUCCCCCUGCAGUAGCCAGGGGGAGGGGCCGGAUGACAAGCAGCUGGAGGAUGCGCUGUGUGAGCUGGGAGCGGGGGCGGAGCUUAACCUGGAGCUGGACUUGAGGGUGGAGCCUGAGGACGGCAUGGACCUGCAGGGGGAGGAGCUUAGCUGGGAGGCGAACGAGCCGGAAGAGCAGAGCAACACGAGCCGCAGCACAGCCAGUCCUGAAGCCUCCACAGAUCUCUUCAAAGCGUCGUCUCUGUCGGAGCAGCUCCUGCAGGGCCGUGAGGAGGGGGCGGGGCUAAACAUGGAGUGUCGUAUCUGUGGCGACAGAGCGUCAGGAUUCCACUACGGCGUUCAUGCCUGUGAGGGAUGCAAGGGAUUUUUCCGGAGGACCAUUCGUAUGAAGUUGGAAUAUGACAAAUGCGAGCGCAGCUGUAAGAUCCAAAAGAAAAGUCGGAAUAAAUGUCAGUUCUGUCGUUUUCAGAAGUGUCUGUUGCUCGGGAUGUCCCAUGACGCGAUCCGAUACGGGCGGAUGCCGGAGGCAGAGAAGCGUAAGCUAGUCGCGGGUCUGUUAGCGGGAGAAAAGAGCUCUCCGAACUCCAGCGGGUCAGAUCUGAAAUCUCUCGCCAAACGGGUCAACAACGCCUACCUGAAGAAUCUGAACAUGACCAAGAAGAAAGCUCGCAACAUCCUGACGGGGAAGACCAACGCAAGCCCGCCAUUUGUCAUUCAUGACAUGGACUCGCUGUGGCAGGCGGAAAACGGUCUGGUCUGGAAUCAGGUGAUUAACGGAGCUCCACCCAAUAAGGAGAUUGGCGUGCACGUGUUUUACCGCUGUCAGUGCACGACCGUGGAAACCGUACGAGAACUCACGGAGUUCUCCAAAAGCAUCCCCGGAUUCAUCGACCUUUUCUUGAAUGACCAGGUGACGCUGCUGAAGUACGGGGUCCACGAGGCGAUCUUCGCCAUGCUGCCGUCGCUCAUGAAUAAGGACGGGCUGCUGGUGGCGAAUGGGCGGGGCUUUGUGACGAGAGAGUUCCUGCGCAGUCUGCGCAAACCCUUCAGCGAGAUCAUGGAGCCGAAGUUUGAGUUUGCUGUGAAGUUCAAUGCUCUCGAGCUGGACGACAGCGACCUGGCUCUGUUCGUGGCCACCAUUAUCCUGUGUGGAGAUCGUCCAGGUCUCAUGAACGUCCACCAGGUGGAGGAGAUCCAGGACAACAUCCUCCAGGCCCUCAACCAGCACCUGCAGCUCAAUCAUCCCGACGCCAGCUUCAUCUUCCCCAAACUGCUGCAGAAGCUCGCAGACCUGCGGCAGCUGGUGACGGAGAACGCGCAGCUGGUGCAGAAGAUCAAGAAGACGGAGUCCGAGACGUCGCUGCACCCGCUGCUGCAGGAGAUCUACAAGGACAUGUACUGAGCCGAACCAUUCCAGGCACGAUCACUGUGACCUUCAGCUCUCAGGCGGAGCUGUUCUUUUUUAUGAAUCGGAUGAUUUGUUGCUGAUGAAAUCGGCGCAAACUGAACUCUAAACCGGACCGGGUCACCUGUGGCGGGGCGAUGAGGUUGUGCGGAUCAAAGAGACGUCAGCGAAACACAAUAUUGUGCUGUUAGCUGUUCAAACACAACGGCCUCAAUAUCCGCCUCGAUUAUUUGCUGUAAACGACUUCAAAUCGCAGCAGUGCAUUCCUAUUCAU